UCCGCACACGACGCUGCCAACAACUAUGUAAACGCCUCUGUGGCCUAUCGCAAGACUGACCCCAAGAGAGCCAUCGACUGCCUCAAUAAAGCUACCGAGAUCUACAUCGAGGGUGGCCGCUUCUCCAUUGCGGCCCGACACCACAUGACCAUGGCAGAGAUCUACGAACAGGACCUGGGGGAUGUGGAGCAGGCCUGUAAGCAGUAUGAACAGGCUGCAGACUACUAUAAGGGCGAGGAGUCAAACAGUUCGGCGAUGAAGUGUCUCCUAAAGGUGGCACACUUUGCUGCUAGCGCUGGAAAGUACGACAAAGCAGCGAAAAUAUUCGAGGAGGCUGGAAAGUCCUCGAUGGAUAACAAACUGCUGCGCUAUGGUGCAAAGGAACACCUCACCAAGGCGGUCAUUUGUAACUUCCUCAUCGAUACUAUCAACGGUCAGAAGGCACUUACGGCCUACGAGGAGGCUUACCCCCUGUUUGCUGACUCCCGCGAGUGUACCUUAAUGAAGGUAAACUUCGAGAACCAUUCCUUGUACGACGUGUGCUUGCUUUCUUUGACUACUACUACAGUAGUCGCCGGUUAUUAA